AUGAUGGAAGAUUUCAAUAGCGAGACGGAUAGUGACUACACUAGCUACUGGCGAGACUGGUUUGUCUCUUCGCGGGGGAAUGAGUAUUUCUGCGAGAUCGAUGAGGAUUACUUGACCGACCGAUUCAACCUGACUGGUUUGAAUACCGAAGUCCCCUAUUACCAAUAUGCGCUGGACCUGGUGACCGAUGUCUUCGACCUUGAUGCCGAUGAUGAUCUACGAGAGCAGAUUGAAAAGUCCGCUCGCCAUCUGUAUGGACUGGUUCAUGCGCGUUACAUUGUCACCACUCGUGGUUUGGCAAAAAUGCUUGAUAAAUACAAGAAAUGUGACUUUGGCAAAUGCCCGCGCGUCCUGUGUGAUGGCCACCCCCUUUUGCCUAUGGGUCAAGCAGAUCUCCCCAAUUCGACCACCGUGAAGCUCUACUGUCCUAAAUGCGAGGACAUCUACAACCCCAAAUCCUCGCGCCAUGCCUCAAUCGACGGGGCUUACUUCGGCACUUCAUUCCACUCUAUCCUCUUUCAGGUCUACCCAGCAUUGAACCCCGAAAAGAGCCUCCGCCGCUAUGAGCCCCGUAUCUAUGGCUUCAAAGUGCACGCAGCUGCCGCUCUGGCGCGCUGGCAAGACGGCCAAAGAGAAGAUCUCCACUGGCGUCUGAACGAAUUUGAUAUGACUCACAAGUUUAUUGAAGAAAGUGAGAGUGAAGACGAUGCGUUUGAGUACGGUGAAGAGGUCCCUGAAGCAACCGAAAAGGUCGCCGGGGAUGCGGCGUCUGGUCGCAUGGAUCUUGGCAAUUAA